UGAAGAACUUUAAUCGUAAUAGACGUCAAGAUGGUGGACCCAAUUUUUGACUAUCAGUUUCGUCUGAUACUCAUUGGUGACAGUACAGUCGGGAAAAGUUCUUUAUUGAAAUAUUUCACCGAUGGGAAGUUCGCAGAGCUUUCAGACCCAACAGUCGGAGUGGACUUCUUUGCUCGAUUAAUUACAGUUAAAGAUGGAACAAGAAUAAAAUUACAAUUAUGGGAUACAGCUGGCCAAGAAAGAUUCAGGUCGAUUACAAAGUCUUAUUAUAGAAAUUCUGUUGGAGCUCUGCUUGUAUAUGAUGUUUGCAACAGAGCUAGUUUUGAGCAUAUCCCACAAUGGAUGAUGGAGGCUCGUAGGCAUAUUGAACCUCAUCGCCCUGUAUUUGCAUUAGUAGGUUGUAAAUUAGAUUUAGUUACUAAUGGUGGUAGGCGAGAAGUAUCAAAAGAAGAAGCAAGAGCCUUUGCUGAUCAACAUGGAGUACAUCACAUUGAAACUAGUGCAAAGACAGGAGUUAAUGUUGAGGAGGCAUUUCGAACAGUUACACAGGAAGUUUACAACAGAAUUCAAACUGGUGAAUAUAAAGUAGAAGAUGGUUGGGAUGGUAUAAAAACUGGAUUUGCUAGACCAGGUGGUUUAGAUUUUAAUCUAGUCGAAGCAGAACCUGCAAAAACUUCUUGUUGUUAAGUAAAUAUUUCAUUUUCUAAAAAGAUCAGCAGUUUUUUAGAAUGCAGUGGUUACAUUUCACAAUUUAAAUUUAUCUUAGUUUAUGUACAUGAUUAAAUUGUACAUAUAUGAGUCAAAUUUUGUAAUAUUAAUUUUAAUUGACAGAAAGAAAGAAUUAUUUUCUUUUAUUAAAAGUAACAUUUUACUGCAUUCUUAUUUCACAAGAAACAUUAACAAUAAAUUAAUACUGUGUAUAAGUCUUAAUUAGACGUUUUUGUACAUAGCUUGUAUAAAUAAAUAUGUAUCAUUGAAGCACAUAGAUAUCAAAUUAGGAGCAUUUUCUAUCUCAGCUAAAAAAUACAUAAACAUGACGAACGUUCUUUACAAUAUAAAUUUGACCAUACAUAAUGUUUUUUUUAUAUAAUUUUGUUGUACAUUAACUAUUCCGUUCUGUGGAAGAAAUAACGGCUGUGCUUCUUUGUUGAAAUCAUGUCUCAACUGAUAUCAAGAAAAUUUAUUAUAAAUUUUACAAGAAGAUAUGUAUAACUUUUCAUUUUUAAUACAAGAUAUUUAUUUAUAACGAUUAGAAAACAACUCUAAGACAAAUUUUCAAAAUGUAGUUCAUUGCAGAUUACAUAUUGUACAUAUUACAUAUAGAAUGAAACGCUUAUAUUAAUUACGAAGAUUUAUUAUUUUUGGAACUUAGCAGGUAGUACCUUUUUUUAAUGCCACAGUUUGUGAUAAUACCAUAUACACGAAAAGCCAAAUUAAUAUAUAUCUAUACUGGUAUUAUUCGUAUUUCAUUUUAAAAAAAGAAAAAAA